AUGCCACUUCACGGUACCGCGCGCCACCCACUGCUCCACUGCGUCGAGCGCCUCGCUUAUAGCGGUGGCUGGAGAAUCGACCUUGGUGCCAUGGAAUCCUCCGGUAUCCUUACUAUCGACAAUCUCCCGGAGAGGCUGCCACCGUGGCACCCGGAAGAUGACAGCCAUGUCUACGCUAUUGUAGACAUGGGCAGCAACGGAAUUCGGUUUUCCAUUACUUCACUUGCCCCUUCGAAGGCCCGUCUUCUUGAGCCCAUCUACUCUACGCGCGCGGCCAUCUCCCUCUUUGAUGCUUUGACUCCCGACGACCAUGGUGCUCUCAUCUUACCAUCUGCUACCAUCAGCGAUGUGGCGAUCGCACUCCAGAACUUCGCACGACUGGCAGAUCUCCACCAGGUUCCUCGUCGGAACAUGAUGAUAUUCGCAACGGAGGCAAUGCGUCGCGCGUCCAACGCCACCGAGUUGCUGGCCGCGGUGGUCAAGGCUACCGGGGGUUGUGGCGUUCAAAUUCUCGAACCGGCUGUCGAGACCCUUUUCGGAGCCGUAAUGGGAUCGAGAAGCGCCGUGACUACGGUAGACCGUGGGGCUCUCUUCCUCGACCUGGGAGGGGGCAGUGUCCAGAUCACCUGGGUCGACACGUCACUCGCUGCGUAUGAGACCAAAGCAGCCUUGGCCGGUUGCAGCAUGCCGUACGGUGCUGCAAAGCUCACCCGUAUCCUUGAAGAAGGAGACGCUGAGCUUCAAAGUUUUGAAAGCAACAGGCUCCUUGAGUCGAUGAAAUCAGCCUACGACCAGCUGUGCGCCAAAUUCACAAAGCUACAAGACAUACGUCGAGCCUACGACAGCGGCAACAAGAAGGCUUGUCUCGAUGUAUAUAUGUGUGGCGGAGGUUUCCGUGGCUAUGGAAGCAUGCUGAUGCAUGCUGAUAAGCACCAGCCUUACCCAAUACCAUCUAUCGGGACGUUCACGGUCGACGGAGCCACCUUCAAGCAAGUCGAUGAGAUGAUUCGAAUCAACAAGGAGCAUGACGGAAAGAUAUUCGGCCUAUCCAAGAGACGCCGCCGUCAGUUUGAUGCGAUCACCCGAGUUGUUAAGGCGUUCAUUGCAACCGUACCAAAUAUUAAUCGCGCCACAUUUUGCCAGGGAUCGAAUCGAGACGGCGCCCUGAUGAUGAAGCUUCCCCGCGAAAUCCGCGAGAGCAACCCUCUUGUGGCGAUAGCUGCCGUCUCCGCCCAGGAAAAGCCAAUCUUCGAUGGGAUCCUGCGGAAGAUCUCCCAGGCCCUGCCUCAAGAAGUACUGGCGUCUUCCAACAUUCCCACGGUCUUGUCAGAUGAGGGUCUAGGAUGCCUCUAUGUUCGAGAGAUUUGGGCACGGGGCGGCUACUACGCCGACACCAAUGCAUCUUAUGCCCUACACAAUGCCAUCUCCCGAGAUUCUGAUGCACCUGGGCUGACUCACUUGUCCAGGGCCCUGCUUGGUCUCACUGUUGCCGCAAGGUGGGGCUUAGGCCUUGGUCCGGCCGAUGCGAAGCUUGCCGAAGGUCUCGAAGGUAUCAUCUCCCGCAAUAGCAAUGAUGCUGUAUUCUGGGCCAAGUAUAUCGGCGCUGUCACCGACGUGGCUGCCAGCAUUUUUCCCGUCAUCCCGCGAGACAUUGACCAGUUCGAGAAGUCACUCAGGUAUAAUCCACUCGAGUCGGAAAGUUUAACUCUUCUCUAA